AUGAUCCCCAAUGAAUAUCAGGAGACAGACGUAAAAUACGUUUUCGAACAAAGUCACGUUGUACUUCGCAUGCUCGGAAUUUGGCCGUCGAUUGACAAACAGCCAAACAUGAUCGAGAAGAUCAUAAAUAUUUUUCUCGUAAUUGUCUGUUAUCUGCUUCUCCAUUGCGACACGAUACCGGGUAUUCUUUAUUACGCAGUUGUCGACAAUGAGCCGAGUGAGAAAGUAAAAAUGAUGCCACCGAUUCUGUACGCAGUCAUGGCGAUCGCCAAAUACAGUACUUUACUUAUCCAUGAAUACGAUAUUAGAAGUUGUUUGCGGCACAUUAAGGAAGACUGGGGAACAGUAGUCAUCGAUGAUGCGCGAGAAGUGAUGUUGAGCAAAGCCAGUAAUGGAAGACGAUUGUUCAUCUUGUGCUGCACGUUUAUGUAUGGCAGUGGAUUGUCUUACCAUACGAUAGUGCCGCUGUCGAGAGGAAGUAUUGUUAUCGAUGAGAAUACCACGAUUAGAUCCUUCUCUUGCCCUGGUUAUUAUGUUUUCUUCGAUCCGCAAAACAGUCCUGCCUACGAGAUCGUGUUUCUUCAGCAACUUCUUUGCGGUUUUGUCAUGUACACGAUCACGGUGGCGAUUUGCGGUCUCGCCGCUGUUUUCGUGAUGCAUGUGUGCGCGCAGAUGGAAAUCCUCAUGCGACAGAUGGAGAAUCUCGUCAAUGAGAGCGAGUUUGGACAGUGUAACAUCGGCGCAAAGCUAGCAGUUAUAGUUGAACAUCAAAUAAGAAUACAAAA